CCGCUACCUCACGUCAUUGUGCUCAUUGACACGUUACACUCUCCCAGUGCAUUUUCUCUGCAUAAACAAACGCUUGUCUAGUGAUUUCAAAAUCCCACGAGCAGGACAUGCAGCUAAGGAUGCGGUCGUUUUUCUAUUUCUGUGUGAUGAUCAGUCUAUGCUCGUCGAGCGAGCCAUUCGAGCUUACCGAUUUUCCUGAUAUUCGGCCCUGGCCCAAGUGUGAAUGCAGUAAUCAGAAAGGCGAAAAGGGUGAAAUGGGUGCUACUGGUUUCAAAGGUAGUACAGGAGCAAAUGGUGUACAAGGUCUCAGAGGAAACAUUGGCCCAGUUGGUCCAGAUGGACCAAAGGGAGAAAAGGGGAUCAAGGGUGAGCUAGGCAACAGAGGUUACACAGGACUUCCUGGACCGAGUGGUAAUCCAGGUCCGUAUGGACACUAUGGACCGAAAGGAACUAAAGGCAAUAUGGGUAUUAAAGGCAAUGAAGGAGCACAAGGGCCUCCUGGAUCUUCUAUCCAUGAAAUCGACAAAAUACCAACAUACGCAGGUGAAAGUUGCAUGUUUGAGAACACAGGCCAAACGUUCUUGACCCCAGACCUCAGCUAUCUUAUCGUGUGCGAUGGCUCAAAAUGGAAAUUUAUAAAACUCGGAACUUCAGCCGGAGGUAGCUGUAAAGAGCUGUAUGACAGUGGUCUACAAGGAAGCGAGCACUCUAAGUCUUACCUACUAUUUGACAGCGCGGGAGGAGCGCUGUACGAGACAUAUUGUGAUAUGACUUCAGGAGGAGGAGGAUGGACACUCGUCGCUCGAGCACACGGAAACAGUUCAGAGUGGGCUCCAGCUAGUCAAUACUGGUAUAACAACAUGCUCAUUGCGCCAGAUACAGCUGCAGACGUUAGUGCAGUAAGUUCGAUGAAAAACAAAGGAUGGCUUAGUAUCCAUGGGCAGAAAAUGAAAGUGUGCUACAACGGAACUCACACCAAUUGUGCUGUGUUCACUCAUAAUCUUGGAAUACCACUUUCUCAAUUAUUCUCUAACAAUUUUGGCGUUACUGUUGCUGAGAAUUACGACUUUCAAGCGCUUGCGACUGCGUUUGGCGUCAAUCCUUAUAUGACCUUUCCAGCCAACCAUCAGUGGUGCGGACUGAACUUAGGAGAUGGAUGCGCCCACUCCACUAAUCCCAACGUCGCAGAACGUCACACAAUUUGUCGCAUCGGAUGCAUUGGGGACCACUCGGGGCGAUCUGAGUGCAGGCUGGAUGACUAUGCUUUAGGAAUUGGAGUAAGCAGCUGCUAUGAUAACUAUGGUUGUGUUGCGACUGGAACGACAACAGAAAAUUUGCAUUACCGAGCUGGGAUCAAAUUCGGAUUCUUCCCGCAAACUGCAUUCAUAUAUGUGCAGUAACGCAGAACAAUGUUUUGGCCAGGACAGCUAAUGUGUCAGUGUGUUUUCAUUUUUGUCUGUGAGGUAGCUGGUUUAGUAAGUGCAUGUAGUAGCGGUUUGUCAUGCCACCUGAGGAUGUUUGGAGCUUCUGUAUGGAGCUAGUAGCACAAUGCAAUCGUUGUCGAAAAACUUUUUUCGCUUUUAUGCCGUGGACAAAGCUGUGCUGUAUGUAA